AUGUUACGAUUGACCUUUGUGUUGCUCACAUUGCUGCUUGCUUGUUGUGUGCAUGUUGUAUUCUCCGCACCGACUUGUUCAUUACCAAUUGCUUAUAGAGGAAUUAUCGACCUUUCUAAUAUUGAUAUUCCUGGUUCAGGAUAUAAAGUUGCAGCAACCGAUGCUAAUUUCAACUUUUAUUUCAAUAUUUGUGGAGGAGUUACCAAUCCAAGCAAUGCUGUUUGUACUGUUGACGCUCAAGGAUAUCUAUAUGCUAAACAAUACAAUCUCUGCUAUCCUAUCGGUAAGAAAGGUACUCCUAAACUUUCAUUGCUCAAUCCUGCAGAUGAAAGUGCUGGUGUAAAGGUCUUCCAUGCUGGUAUUCCUGCUACUGAUGGAGUUACAAGAGCAUUGUCUAUUUCUUUAACAUGUGAUUUCACUGCUGCUGAAAGACCAACUCUCACAUUCACUGGUGAAUCAAAAGAAGGUGGUGUUAUCAAUUAUGGAUUUUCUGGAAAAUCUAAACUUGCUUGUCCAUAUGGAGAAACAAAACCAGUUGAAUGGGGAAAAGUUAUGGAAAUUAAUCAACGAAAUGUUUUAUUUUAUAUUGGGAAUUGUUUGGUAAAUGAAUGGAAUUCAAUUGAAAGUGUGAAAGAAGAUCAUUUCUAUCAAAAUUAUGGUUGCAUUUCAUUGAUAGCUCAAGAGUUGAAAUCUAAUGAUCCAGUUCAAUCAGUGUGGCAAUUCUCAAAUUCAAAUCAAGAAAUGGUAGCCAUUGUUCAAUCAAAUCUUACACAACAAGUCAUCUCCAAUAGAAAUCCAGAUUAUUCAUUCACAAUUUCUCCACCCAGUGCUGUAUAUAAUUUGUUUUAUGCUAAAAAGAUUAGUUUUAAUUAUACUAAACUUGAAAUUGGACAAACAUACUCAAUUCAAAGUGAUAAUUCCGCACCAUUCACAGCAACUUUCACCACUCAACCUCAAACAUAUUUUGAAAUCAGAAUUGAAAAUACAGCAACAAUUCAAGAUGUUUAUAUUGGAAAGAAACCAAUCACUUGGAAUAUUGAAAGAAAUCAAUUUUUCAAUUAUGACUAUCAUGUAAAUUCAACUAAUCUCUAUCUCUUUUCAGGAGAAGCAACUCAAUACUAUGUAGUAUUCUCAAAAGGUGGAAACUUUCAAUUCAGUACUGCUCCAGUUGAUUAUUUAUUUACAUUGAAGCCAAUUAUUGCUGUUGGUGUAUUAUUUAUUCUAUCUUUGAUUGCAUUGUGUAUUGUGGUGUGUAUUUUACUAGUUUUCUUGAAUAGGAAGAAAACCGAAACACACUUCCAAGAAUUACAUGAAAAAUAUUAA